AUGUCAACUGAAGCUGUAUUCAAAGGCUGGGCAGGUUUAGAUGAUAAAGCCUGUCAAGGUAAUCUCAAAUUUCAAGAAUUCGAACCAAAGAAAUGGGAUGAAGAUGAUGUCGAUGUAAAAAUUCUAUACUGUGGUAUCUGUGGAUCGGACGCAUCUGCUCUUUCCGGCGAAUGGGGUCCAGUCGACAACGUCUGCCCUCAAAUCUGUGGUCACGAAAUCGUUGGUGAAGUUACUAAAGUUGGAACAUCACCUGAUAACGGUAUCAAAGUUGGACAAUUAGUCGGUAUUGGUGCACAAUCCGAUUCUUGUAGAGAGUGUGAUAACUGUAAAGACCACAAGGAGAAUUUCUGUCCCAAGCAAGCGAUCACUUUCAACAGUCCUUAUGGUCGAGGUAAUGGCAAAGGAUCCAUAUCCAGAGGUGGUUUCGCUAAAUACUGGAGAGGACCUUCAAGGUUUGCCAUACCACUUCCAGAUGGAUUAGACCCUGAUAUCGCAGCUCCCCUUCUUUGUGGAGGUGUAACAGUCUUUACUCCUCUUGAAAGGUAUGGUGCAGGUACAAAAGCCAAGAAUGUAGGUGUUAUCGGUGUCGGUGGAUUAGGUCAUAUGGCUAUCCUCCUCGCAAAUGGCAUGGGCGCAAAUGUCACCGCCAUCUCUAGAAGUGAUUCAAAGAAAGAAGACGCUAUGAAACUUGGCGCUUCAAAUUACAUCGCAAUGGGAGAUGAUCUCAAAAAAGCAUUUGAACCUCAUGCUCGUUCGUUAGACUUGAUCAUCUGUACCAGUAAUCCUUCUGAAUUGCCAGUCGCGGAUUACUUGCCCCUUCUCAAGCCAGAAGGCACUUUCUGCUUAGUCGGAAUCGUUCCCAAGCCUCUCGAGAUAUCAACUUUCCCUUUGAUCAUGGGUACCGCCGCUAUUGCUGGUUCCAACAUUGGAAACCCUGAUGCUAUCUCUCGAAUGUUCAAAUUCGUAGUUGAGAAAAACAUCAAACCUUGGAUCCAAAAGUGGGAUAUGGAGGAAAUCAAUAAAGCUAUGCCAUCAUUCCAAAAAGGUGACCCAAGAUACAGAUUCGUCUUGGUUAAUACUGAUAAUGGAGGAAAACUUUGA